AUGGAUGCAGCAAGUACGAAAGUCCGAAUCGUGUUCGAUGCCUCUAUGAAAACCACUAACGGGAAAUCAUUAAAUGACAUCCUAGCAACGGGUCCGGCACUUCAGCAGGAUUUGUCCGCGAUCCUUUCAAAUUGGCGUACUAUGAAAUAUGUAUUCAUAGCAGACAUAGAGAAAAUGUUUCGGUGUAUCGACGUUAAUGAAGAAGAUGCGCAGUACCAACGCAUUUUAUGGCGAGAAAGACCAGGUGAACCGAUUCAGGAAUAUUAUUGCUCGACAGUGAUGUUUGGGACCGCAUCCGCACCAUAUACGGCAAUUCGUACAAUAAAUCAACUGGCUCAGGACGAAGCGGAACGUUUUCCUUUGGCGGCUAAGGUACUUAAGCAACAAAUGUAUGUCGAUGACAUACUUUCCGGUGGAGACUCUUUAGAACUUGCGUUGCGUGUACGAGACGAAACAAUAUCGACUUUGCGAACUGCUACCUUUGAACUACGCAAGUGGGCGAGUAAUCAUCCAACUCUGCUGAGUGGCAUACCGGCGGAGCACAGGCAGUCAAAAAGUAAGAUGCAAUUCAAACCGACAGAUCCAAUUAAGGCAUUGGGACUAUACUGGGACCCCAUUACCGACGAAAUCGAAUUUAAGGCUAAUUUCCAGUUUGAGACUGAAAAUCCAACCAAGCGCACCGUCUUGUCUAACAUCGCCCGCUUAUUUGACCCACUCGGUUGGUUGAAUCCGGUCAUUAUAUCAGCGAAGCUUAUCUUGCAGGAGUUGUAG